CUCUCUAUAUCCAUUGUCCUACGCCAUGUCCACGGUCUUAACACAUGAGAACGAAUUGUGUCAAGUUUCUCACCGCUGUCAUUUGAGACACUUUCGUUGUCCAGCAAAUCGGAUUUGUUUUCUAGGUGUCUUUUAAGCGGCUUAAUUAACAGUUAGAAGGUAUGGCGGAUACGACAGUGGAUGCGACACGCCGUUUAAACGUUAAGAAACAGACGCUCGAUGACGCUUAUGCAGCGCCUGCGAAUUUCCUCGAAAUUGACGUGAUUAAUCCAAUCACACACGGCGUCGGCAAGAAACGGUAUACCGAUUAUGAAGUCCGCAUGAGGACAAAUCUCCCAGUUUUCAAAGUGAAAGACUCCACAGUUAGGAGGAGAUACAGUGAUUUUGAAUGGCUAAGAACUGAACUAGAAAGAGAUAGCAAGAUUGUAGUGCCUCCCCUACCAGGGAAAGCUUGGAAGCGUCAGAUGCCUUUUCGAGGGGAUGAUGGUAUUUUUGAAGAAGAUUUUAUAGAGGAUCGAAGGAAAGGAUUAGAAGCUUUUGUUAAUAAAAUAGCAGGACAUCCAUUAGCUCAAAAUGAACGAUGUUUACAUAUGUUUCUGCAAGAACCUGUAAUAGACAAGAACUACGUACCUGGAAAAAUACGUAAUACAUAAGUUAUAAUACAAUAAGACUAAUUGCAAGUAUAUUUUCCUCCCCACCUUUGAUAUGUAAAGUUACAUUUGAUUACUUUUGAAACGUUAAGUCGCGGAAUUUAUCGUGAUCCUUCUGCAUUGUUGCAAUAUUUCAAUGAACUUUUCACACUGUGAUGUUAAAUUAGAAAUUGUUUCUCGAUGAUCUAUGUGUUUCGAAAAGAUACGCGCUAAAAAUAUUCAGAAGGAUCUCAUCUUCAGUUAUCAUUAUCAAUCACGUAAGAGAGGAUAUUAUAAAGGUCUUUUCUUUUCAUUACUUUUUUUCAGAAUUGUUAUAGUUACAUUCUCUUUUCACGACAGAUUUAUAAAUUGAUAUUUAUCACUUUCAGAAAUUGCAGAAUAAUGUUGUACACAACAAUUCAAUUGAUACAUAAAUAUAUGAAAUUUUUGAACUUGAA